CCUUGUUGUGCUCUGAAGGACCCUUCAUAUCCAACAUGGCGGCGGCCGUACGGGUGUGCUGUGCCCUCCGUAUCACAGUCGGAGGUGUACCACCACUCCGUAGCAUCGUGGGAGCAGCUCAGGUGUCCCAGUUGGUGAGUCGAGCCUCAGCUGCCUCUCUCCAAAGAAACCCUGCACUUCCACCGUUCCCUGCAACAGCAUGGCAGCAAACCAGGCAGGGCAGCUUCUUCAACAAGUUGACAGCUGAGGAGCUAUGGAAAGGUGUGUUGGCAGAGUCGGGGGCCGGAGCCAGGAAGGGCCGCGGGAAGAGAACCAAACGCAAACUGAAGAAGGAUCUGAACCGAGGACAGUCCCUCGGAGAAGGUCGAGGUGGUUUCCUGUGGCCUGGCCUGAACAGUCCGAUGGUAAAGGAUCAAGUUUUGCAGAGCAUGAGUCGGAGGAGCGAGGCCGAGCAGCAGGAGGUGCAGGCGGAGAUAGUGCGUCAGAGGGAUGAGUGGGAGAGGAGGAGGAAGAUGAAGGUCAAGAGGGAGAGAGGAUGGACUGGAAACUCCUGGGGGGGCGUCAGCCUGGGCUCCCCUGACCCCGGACCCAACGGAGAAACUUAUGAGGAUUUUGAUUCACGCGUCAUUGAGGUGAAGAGUGUGUUCAACAUGACGGCCAAAGAAGGCAGGAAGAGGUCCAUCAGCUGUCUGGUCGCCGUGGGAAACGGCAACGGAGCCGCAGGCUUCGCACUGGGUAAAGCAGCAGACAGGAACACAGCUCUGAGGAAGGCCAAGAACAGAGCCAUCCACUACUUGUACUAUAUAGAUCGAUACAACAACCACACCAUUUAUCAUGAUAUUGAAUCCAAGUUCAAGAGGACGACGCUCCGCAUGAGGAAACAAAACAAAGGUUAUGGUCUGCACUGCCACCGGGCGGUCAUCACUCUGUGCAAGCUGAUCGGCAUAGAGGACAUGUACUGCAAAGUAGAGGGAUCCAUCAAUUACCUCAACAUCACCAGGGCCCUCUUCACUGGAUUAGCCAAUCAGAAAACCCACCAGAGUCUGGCCGACAAGAAGAAGCUCCACGUCGUCGAGUUUCAGUCGGAGCGAGGCCCGCUGCCCACUGUGGUGGCGACUCCUAAAGACGGGGCACAGCCCGACCCAGAGCCCACGGACGAGAUCCCCAACACCCGGCUGCACUGGGACGACGUGCGAGCCACCCAGGGGACCAAACGCUCGAUCUGGGCCGGUGUCAAACGCACCAUCUGGUAGGACGGGAGUGGGCUGAUGACUGGAUCAGACCACAGGACAGAUGAUUGGACCGAUAAAGGCCAGAGGUGUCUGAUGGAGGGUCCGAUUUAUGUGUGGAACAAAAACUUUUUUUUUUUUUCAAGCAGAAUUUCCAGUUUUCAAAUCUGUGAUUGUUUUGUCAGCUAAGGACUUAAGUUACACGUUAAGUUACACGUCUCUCAAAGUGAAAAUAUCUCAUUUAUAAUGACAACUCUCCAGCUGCACCCCACAGAGGCCGAUAUUCACACUCAGUAAAAUAUUAAUGCCCUAGAUAUCGAUGUUUGAAUUGUUGGAAUUGUUCAAAAAUACAGUAUAAAUAAAAUAUAAAUGUAAAAAAGCUUAA